GCUGGAUAUGCCAGCGGUGACGACGGUACGGUUUCAUGCGCGUUGGGUCGACGGGCCGAGACCGGUCGCCAGCACCGCCGGUGCGCCACGCCCGGCCAACAAGCAAGAUGCGGGCGGCCACCGAGCCAGCGCCAGGGGCCAAGGUCCUGGACAGCGCGGCGCAGGUCAAGGCGAUACUCAGCGAAGUCGUUCGCAUCGGCCUCCAUCGCGCCGAAGACAUUGCGACAUUGAGCGAUCGCGUCCAUGCUGCCACGCGCACGACCAUGCUGCAAUGCAAGUACCGCGAGGAGUGGCGCUGCAACCGCGAAGAUACCUUGCUUCACCAACUGUGUGCCUCGCCGCAGCUUCUCGCUGGCGCGCGCGACGAAGACGAGCGCAGCGUCCUCGCGUACUUUCGUCGCAUCUUGCACGGCAUGGUCGAGACGCUAGCGAGGCAAGACGCUGCAAUGGACGGGAACAAGACACCGUCCAAGGCGCAGCAGCUCCAGCGGGCCUUGCACCUGGACCGCAUCAUUACACAGAUCGAAGCCCACGAUCCGAUUGAGAUUUGUCGCGAUAUGAUGACGCUCUCUCGCCAGCAGCUUUCAGACCUUCUCGUCGAGACGCCAGAGAAGAGCGAAGACAACACCGUAGCUUUAGCAGUCGUCCAGCCACUGAGUUUAAUGGUCAACAAUGUCGUCCGCGCCCAAGCAGCCUACCGCCCGUCGCGCCAGCCGAGCAGCUCGUUUGAGCGGCUCGUCACCGCCCAACGCUACGCCAAGGAAGUCCACACCAACGAGACUCUCGCAAAGGCCCACCGUCGGAUCGUGGCCAUUCGACGCAUUCAGCGCUGCGAAGAGCCGCGGCUGCUGCCCUUCUGCGCGUACGGCUACCGUCAUCGCUAG